AUGAGUCUCCCGCAGGCCGGCCGUCCCACGGGCACAGGCACAGGCACAGGCGUAGGCGUAGGCGUAGGCGCUGGCGCUGGCGCUGUAGUGACGUCGCCAACAGCUGGGCCCGGAGCUGGAGCCAGAGCCACGCACAGUCACAAUCAGAGGAGUCGUGGCUUUGCCUCAUGGGGACAGGGACAUGGACAUGGACAUAUCAAUGGGCACCCUAAUGUCCAUAUUUCACAACAAACCAAAUACCGAGGCCAGAUGUCCCUUUUGAGAUCAAAUAUCGCAACUCCCCACGUCGCUUGUCUACGUCUUCGCCUACGCGCCCUGCAAAAAGCUUCCAUCGUCGCCGCCCUAUCGACGUGCGCCUACCUCUCAGCCUCGUCUAAGCUCUCAUCCUACCACGUAUCAAAUACUGCCUCCGUCACUCGCCCUUCGACUAACUCGCUACCACAUCUUGCUCCCUUUCGCAACAAACUCCGAUCACCACCUUCACUCGUAAAAACUUCAAUGUCGCAGAUCCGACCGCAUACUGGCCAAGGCCACGACCACGACCGCAAAGAUGGUCAUAAUCAUAGCCACGGUCAUGACCACAGUCAUAGCCAUGGCAUAUUGGGCCACCACCACCAUCACGACAACGCGUACCUAACCUCAGGCAACAAAGACGACCCCGGCGUCCGAAUCACCCGCAUUGGCUUGGUCUCUAACCUGGGCAUGGCAAUUGCCAAAUUCGCUGGUGGAUGGGCUUUCAACUCCAAAGCAAUGACUGCCGACGCAUGGCAUAGCAUCACAGAUCUUGCAUCCGAUAUCUUGACGCUCGCGACAGUCACAUGGAGUCUCAAGCCACCAACAGACAAAUUCCCCAUGGGCUUUGGCAAGGUAGAGAGUCUGGGAUCACUCGGAGUCUCGAGUAUGCUCUUGGCUGGAGGUCUUUACAUGGGUUGGGACAGCGGUAUCAGUCUCUAUGGACACUUUUACCCGGAGGCAGCACAUGGUAUUCUGGAGCACGUCGGACACGGUCAUAGUCAUUCUCAUGGAGCUGCAGCACUGGGGAUCCCGAGUAUGCAUGCCGCUUGGCUUGCAGCAGGGACAAUUCUGAUUAAGGAGUGGCUUUACCACGCAACAAUGAAGGUUGCUCGGGAACGUAAAUCGUCGGUCCUCGCGUCGAACGCCAUUCAUCACCGAGUCGACAGUUUAACGGGGUUCGUCACUUUGGCAGCCAUCAUGGGAGCCAAUGCAAUGGAGAAUGCGGCGUGGCUGGAUCCCGUCGGCGGUCUUCUCAUCUCCAUCAUGGUUAUCCAGGCUGGUGCCGGAAACACAGUUGCUGCUUUUCGCGAACUGGCAGACCAGGGCAUUGAUGAUGAGAUCAAGUCUUCGGUAACAAAACAGGCCAAUAAAGCAUUAAAGAACGUGGUUGAAGGACACGAAGUUGCUCUACGCGAAGUGAGCGGUAUCAAAUCAGGCCAGAAUUAUCUUGUGGACCUCGAGAUGACCGUACCUGGUGCGUGGUCUGUUGACGCAACGCAGCAAGUCGAAGACGCGGUGCGGACUCAAGUCGGAGGGAAAGUACGCGGUGUCAGAAGAGUUCGCAUCCGAUUCUCACCCAAGGAGGCUGCCGCCAAGGCAAGGUUUGACGACUUUAUCCCUGGGACUGUGGUUCUGCCACCAGAGACCGAGGAGGAUGCGUCUGAGGCAGAGGGCGAUUCGAACCACAAUCAUGAGCAUCACGAGCAUCACGAUCACAAGAGCAGUGGUCAUGUUCAUGAACCCAAUGGCUCCCACGAACAAGGCGAUGGUCUCAGGAACAGAAACAAGCAAUAG